UUGCUUUUAUUCUUGAUUUCUUUCUAGUUUUCUUGAUUCUUCAAGUUGCAUGUUAUGAGAUUCUAUAAGUGAUACGUGUGAUCUUGGUGCGCGAAAAUAUGAUUAUGCGCUGUUCAUUUUGCACUUUUCGUUAACACCCAAAUCACAAAAUCGGUUCUUUGACUAUUAAAUUUACGAUCUUGAUUUUCGAGGGUAAGCUUUACUAGUUAAUUCACCAACUGUUAGCGUCUUUUGCAAUUGAAGAAAUAUGAUCCUUGGCAUUUAGGGGUCGUUUCAAUCAUUAUUAUUUUAUUAUACUAAAAUGUUGAAUAUUUUUUGUCAUUGCUUUUGAUACGCAUCAUUAAUUGCAUUCAUAUUUUGUUGUUUGGAUUCAGUACCUCCAAGUGAUAUAGUAAGGGAUUUUAUCUUAUUAUUUCCUGAUUAGAUAUGUUUAGUGUUCUUGCUUUGAAGAUAGUCACUGAUAAAGAAAAAAAGUAAUGGUCCAAACAUUAAUUUCUCAUCCCGCACCUCAUCUUUAUUGACGAUUAAGAAAAUAGCAAAUCGGCAGAAGCAGUGGUAUGAAGUUAAGGAAAAUCAUGUAAGUUAUUGACUAUUGUUUGAAACUAUCCAAUUUAUAGAGUAUAGUGGUUGGCUAUUUAUUGCCCUAUAAUAGCAUCAUUUAAAGAUGUAGUCUUCUUUUUUCAAGAUAUGGAAUACCAAAAUAGGUAUAUUUCAUACGAUGUUCCUGUGAACAGUGUGAUCAGAUAUGUUGGAGGGUGCGUGGAGAAGUGAUCAAAAUGUCCUAUCAAUAAAGUAAGAGUUUUCGGGACUUUUGCCCCUCACUCUCCCUUUUUCAGUAGAUAAUAAAUAAACCCCGUACCCUAAGGUAAAGGCAAAGAAGAAUGAUAAAAUACCAGCGACUUCCAGCUGUCGAAACAGAAUUGAAACGGGUUAAAAUUUAUAUCAGAAACGGGAGAGGCUGCUUGAAGAUCAGUGAUGGUGUAAAUGAGAUGUCUUUUCCUUCUAAGCAUGAACAUGGAAAUUCUUGUAGACUCAUAGAACUGAAUUUAGGCUGGAAGAUGAGAAAAACCAGUUAGAGAUGGUUAGGACAAAAAAGGUAAAUGGUCUUACUGGAGACUCAUGCUCAAUUUUUUUCCUAAAACAGGAGUCAAUUUGUACUUAAUAUUUCACAUGUUAAAUUGCCACUGUGAGUUGAUUAAGAGACUAAUUAAAGGGAGAGAGAGAUGAAGAAAUAAGAUUGUAAUAUAGCCAUGUAUUCACAAAUAUUCUUCUGCUAAUUGCUACUUAUGGGUCCAAUACGUUAAGAUAUCACACUCUGAAAUACAAUAAAGUAUUGCAAAGAUAGCUGGUGGUUAACUUUUACUGAACCAUUCUCACAGAUAUAUGUUCGUAGAUCCUUCUCUACUCAUGGAGGUUUUCGACACGUUUUUUGACAUCAUUUUCUAUAUUUAUCAAGUUAUUAAUAGCCCUUGUGAUGUCUUGAUGUUCUCAAUGGAUCUUCAGCACCACUGUCGCAGGUGUGGAGGCUUAUUCUGCAAUAGCUGUACCCAGCUAAGGAUGGUGUUACGUGGACAAGGCGACUCACCAGUGCGUAUUUGUGAACCCUGCAAAAAGUUAGAAGAGGCAGCACGAUUCAAAAUGCGGCAUGGGCAUAAAGCUAAAGCUGGAAAAGGUGGUUCCAAACUUGCAUCAAAUAAAGAGGAUGAAAUUUUGAAUCAGAUUCUGGCUAAUGAAGAUAUGCUUUCUGGUCCACAACUGACAGGCAGCACGUCAUGUUCGAAUGUUAAGGAAACAUCCACUGCGAAUGGAGGAGAUAUAGGUAGAAGUAUUUCUUUUGAUCAGCCUGCUCAAGCUUUAGCAGAAGUGGUAUCUGCUACUCCUGAAGACUUGCGUCAACAAGCCCUGGUUGAAAAAAAAGAGAUACAGAACUUUGAAAGCAGGAGGAAAAUCUGAAGAAGCCUUAAGAGUUUUUAAACAGGGAAAGGAUCUCGAAAGACAGGCCGGAGCUUUGGAGUUAUCUCUGAAAAAAAGACGUACAAUGGUUUCCUCUUCCAGUUCUAUGAAUGAAAUUCAGCAAAUUAAAGAUGAUUCUACAUCAACUGGUGAGAAUAAUAAGCUCCCCAUUCGGAAGAGCAAAGAAAAGGAUGAUCUUGCUUCCGAACUCAAAGAAUUGGGAUGGUCAGAUGUCGA